AUGAAUUCAUAUAUUUUAUUGCUAACAAUUCUACUGAUUGGGUGUGGAUUUGUUAAAGCACAGGAUACUACAACAGUUGAUCCAAAUAGUACAACCGUUUCAAGCACUACUACCGAUUCGAGCACAACAACCGACUCCAGUACAACAACGGAUUCAAGUACAACAACCGAUUCGAACACUUCUACAACAAGUCCAUCAACAUCAUCUUCACCAUCAACCUCAUCUUCUCCUACCAGUUCAACAUCACCAUCGACAGGUAGUAGACGACGUGUACGAGUGAGUAAUCUUAGAUUCAAUUCAGUACGUAGAAUUAGUCGUGGUGGUUCUACUAGUAACAAUAGAAGUAAUCGCCGGCGUCGUCGUAAUAAUGUCGCCAAAAACGUUCGUCGUCGCCAAAAUCGAAACGUGGCCGUACGCAGACCGAAUGGAAGAAAAAUCGUAUUAAGAGGUUAA